AUGACUCAGCCAUCGUUACAGAUCCUGCAACGCCUUAGCAAGUGUCCAAUUUUCGCUAAUGUGCUACAAUCAGGAAAGAAAGACUACUAUUCCUAUGUGGUUAUGACACUGCUUGGUGCUAGUCUGGAUACAUUGAUUGGAUGGGUUUCAUACACCGCGCGGCGAUAUCAAAACCAGCAAAUAUGCAUUGGGAAACCUGCGAUCGAUCACGAAUUAAUACAUAUUUUUGACUUUGGACUCGCUAGACAAUAUGUAAUCUUCCCCGCGCAUGGUCGACCAAAACUACGGCGGCCAAGAGCUAGAGCGCGGUUUAGAGGGACGCUGCGUUACUGCUCAAUCAACGCCCAAGAAAGAGGAGAGCAAGGGAGGCCAGAUGAUCUAUGGAAUCUCCUAUACAUGUUGACGGAGAUGAGAGGAAAACUUCCAUGGGAUAAAUUCGACUCAGAUGCGGAAAUUCUUUGGUGCAAAAGAAGAACACCACCUGAGCUCCUCUUGCACAACUGUCCAGUCCAAUUCUUGCAUGUUUUCACUCAUUUAACGGCCCUGAACUAUUACAUCCGACCAAAUUAUUCCUUCAUUUACAAUACGUUCGAAUGUAUUAGAAAGAAAGGCAACAUCAGAUUUUCCGACCCAUAUGACUGGGAAUUCGAGCAUGUAUUACAAUCCUAUACAGAAGAUCACAAGGCUAAACUGAAAGUCAUCUCACCGGAUGGGAGUCUUGUCACGCCAUCGACUGCUAGUCAUCCAGCUUCAAUAGGUUCACGCGGCCCUGUAAGGCUUUUUCCUGAUUUCCAUACGUAUUUUCCCCUUAGUACCUCUGCUAAAAAGGAAAGAUUUCAGGAAGCGGAUAUUAAUCCAUUUCCGGCCGAAUUCUUCUCGACGAAUCCACUUGUCCUGGACGACGAACAGCUCUCACUUUAUCUUCAGCACGUGUCCAUGUCGCUACAGAGGACAUCAAAUGCACUUUAUUCCAAGGUGAAACUGCUUACACUGUAA